GAGAAAUCAACGAGCGAAAAAAGAGAGAGAGAGAGAGAGAGAGACAGAGGAAGAAGACGGAGAGGAGAGACAGCGGCUGGCACUGCUCCAAGCUGAGGGCCCCCUGUUAGACGCCUACGACGACAAGAUUAGCCCGUCAAACCAUGGCGUCCACGGCGACCAUACCUGCUUUCGUGCUUCCUCGCGCAAUCCCUAGAGCUGCCCGCCCACCUCCACCCUCAGCAUCCCUCUUGCGCCGUGCCUCCGCCAAACCAUGUAAUUCCCGUUGCGCCUCCACGUCCUCGCAGAAACCGCGUGUGCUCGAGAAGCCAGACAAAUUCCGGCCUCCAUCCCAUCCGGCCCGGAGAGUGCUCUCGCCCAAUGCCCAGCCUCGAAAUUACCCCGGCCCUCCAUUAUCUGCCAAGGAGCUCGAAGAACAAAAGACGAAGAGAUAUCCCAACAUGUUUCCGCCAGAGGGAACCGUGAUGCAUAAAUUCCUGACAAACAGAGGCAUCCAUCUCUGGAUAUCACUCGGCGUCCUCUUCUCCCUCGCAACGUUCACCUACACCACCAACUUCAGGGCCACUUCGCCUUUCGCGCAUCUCCUCCCAUCCUGGUCCGGCCUGCUCACUCAUCCCAUCGACACAGUCGGCCAAUUUCUCUCCGUCAUGAAGAUGCACGCUGACCACCUCACGCUGGAAACUACCGAAAAGCGGAAGCGUAAUGUGGACGAUGUGCAAAAGAGAAAGGAGUAUAGGAUUGCACAUGGCCUGGAGGAGCCGGAUGUGAAGCCGGAAAGUGAUGAGAAUAGUCCGCAGAGGAAAGAUGCGGAUGGUGAGGCCGGUGCGGUUGCUGUCGCUGCGUCAGGAACGCGGGAGGGCGGGCAGCCCGGCGAGGGAGAGACGUACGUGGAUUGGGAGGGGAAGAAGAGGCCAGUUAAGAAGUGGUUUGGCAUUUGGUGAGUUGCGGGGCUUGGGUUUGGAGAGUGGAAUGUCGGGUGUUUGAAUUGCACUGUAUAAUAUUAGAGCAUUUGGGCCUGGGAGUAUUGUGUUUAUACGGGUAAAAAAAAAGAAAAUGGGGUGGACUUUUUUUUUUUGAUUUUGGUUAUGAAUGUGAUACACAAAAGCGCGCUUUAGCUUUGUUUCGCGAGUUAAUUGGAAUAAAAAGACAUCUCCUACUGU